GGUUGAUGAGCUCGUAGAUGAUGAGGACAUGGACGAGACGGACCUGGAAGAUAUCGCCAUUGGGGCCAAUCGACGGUGAGCCUCGUCCAGUCCAACCAGCCUGGUGCGGAGAGAAGCCAGAGUCAACAAUCUAUGGCGUCCACUGCGUCGUCGUCGCAGCAAUCUCAAGUUGGUAUCAUCGGGCAGGCCACCAAGUUCAUGAGCAGCAUGCUCGGUGGUAGCAAGAAGAAGGAGCCUGUCAAGAGCCUGCAGCUUGCUGCUCAGGCGGCCAAGAAGCAACAAGAAGAGAUCGAGAAGAAGGCUGCUCGUAUGAAGGAGAUGGAGAACCGCCGCCACCUCGUUCAGCAGCGAAAAGCAGAAGAGGAACAGGCGCGUGCCCAAGAGGAAGAGAGGAAGAUCAAGGAGGAGAACGAGCGGCGCAAGAGGGAGCGCGAGGAGCAUACUGACAAGCGGCCGCUCAGCCGCAUGGCCAGUAAGAAGCAGCUGGACGAUGACAACACGAAGAAACGGAAGAUCGAGGCUGAGAAAAAGCCGAUCGAGUCGAAGAAACCACCGUCAAAGGAAAAGAAGGACGUUCCGCCUGCGCCGCGCGUCGUAGCUAAGCCAGGACCCAGCACCGUAGCGCACCCGCCCGGCACGAAGGUCGGGCCCCCACCCAAGUCAGCCAUGAAGCAGACCGAUCUCUCCGGCAGCAAACCUGCUACCGCCACGAAGGUCAUCAAGCACACACCGUCUUCCAGCAAUCUCAAGUCCAUGCCGUCCUCAAGCAACCUCAAAGUCGGCCCGCCAAAGGGCAAAGCCAAGACACCGGCGCGGGACGACGACGAGCCGCAGCCCUCACAGGCGAUUCGCGCCCAGAUGGCCGACCGCGCGAAGGCGCAACUGCAGGCGCAGCAGACCCAGCCUGCGCCGGGGGCGAGCGAGGCGAUUGAGCUACCGGACAUCAAUAGCGAGUACUCGGACUCGGAUGACGAGGACCGCCCGCGGACGUUCGACCCGCCGGAGUGGGCGCAGUCGCCCGAGCUCCGUGCGGCGCUGCAGCAACAGGCGGCUGUGAACCCGGAUGAAGUCUUUGGCCAGAUCCCGCCGCUGAGGAUGGAGGAUAUGUUCAGGACGCGCCAGAGCAGGUUUAGGGCGAGGACGAGCUCGGCGAACUGGAGUGGCCCGGAUGGGCUCACGGAGGAGGAGGAGAGGGAGUAUGCACGGAGAAUGGGUUUCAAGUGAGUGAGUGUCUGUCGACUGUGGAUCUGGGGGUCGCUUUCCACUGUAUUGUUAGCAUGAACGUAACUUAUGCUCGAGGUUCUACACG